AUGGAGAUACAAGUUGGUCAAUUUGCUAAAAAGUUGGAGGAGAUGUUUGACAGGAGUUUUGGGGCUAAUAUUGCAGUUAACCCUAAGGAGGAGUGCAAUGCCAUUAUGACUAGAAGUGGCAAGAUUGCCAUAUUGCAGAAGACACUACCUCCCAAAUUCAAAGAUCCGAGGAGUUUCACCAUCACUUGCACCAUUGGGAAUCAUGAUAUAGGGAAGGCUCUAGUUCACUUAGGAGCUAGUAUCAAUCUAAUACCCUUAUUUAUGCUUAAGACGAUUGGUGGUCUGGAGGUCAAACCUACAAAAGCAAUCUUGCAAAUGGUAGAUAGGUCCAUUAAGCAUCCUUAUGGUGUGGUAGAAGACGUGGUGGUGAAAAUUGAUAAACUCAAAUUUCUGGUGAACUUUGUAGUGAUGGAGAUGGAGGAGAAUGUAGAGAUACCGCUCAUCCUUGGAAGGCCAUUCAUGAAGACAACUAAGGUUAUCAUUCAUGUGGAUGAUGGAGUUAUAACGUUGAAAGACCAAGAUGAAGAGAUGACUUUCAAUGUCUUUGAAGUUGGGCAGCCAAUACAAGUAACAAAGACUAGUCCUAAAGCUAAAGACGAAGUUCUAUCAGUGACUAGUCUACUUGAUAAAGGUGUCAAGAAGGUCAAGAGGAAUCAUAGUUGUUGUUUUCCAAGGCUGAAGGAAGAUGAUGGAGAUAAGGAAGAAAAACUCAUUCACCAUGACUCUGUGAUGGAAAAUAAUGAACCCUACCUUGGCAAACCAGUGAAAUUCAAGAACAAGUUAUGGGUAAUCAAGGAUAUAAAGGCAAAUGGAGUUCUUGAGAUUGAGGCUCCUUACUCUAGGAGAGUCAAAUGCAUGAUUAUUUGUGAUUGUGUUAUUGAGCUGGAUGUUUAUCUAAAUGUUGGAACUUGA